AUGCCGAAUAUAAUAGAUGAAAGAUUAGAAAAUCAUCGUUGUUAUUUUACCGACUGGCUGAGAAGUGUGGCAUGCAUACUUGUUUUAACAGUGCACGGAAUGGUGGUAGUCCAGAGAAUAUUAAACCUGAACAGUAUUGAGAAAGACAUAUCUGAUAAUUACCUGCUGGUUCUACUUCAUCAUGGAAUGCCUGUUUUCUUUUAUGCAUCCGGAAGAGCAGCAUUCUACUCCACGAGAAAAACAGUCCCUUCAAUUGUAGGAUAUCUUACAGUUGUUGCUGCUGCUGCAUAUUUAGGAUCAGAAUGGCGUCCAUGUGCACCUGUCCCUCCAUAUAAGUCAAUAUUUGAUUUCUAUUCAAGAUUUUUUGCGGAAUUCAAGUGUUCGGGCUUAGAAUGGCUUUGGACUUUACCCAUGAUUUUUGUGAUUUCGGUAUUAAAUCGACCAUAUACAUUAUAUUUAAGAAGUGUUAUGGAUAAUAGAAUACUAAUAAAGUUCGGAGUUAAUAAUAAAAAAGAGAAUAAAUCUGAAUCAAUAAUGAGUUUUUUUAAAACGAACAGCGAUAUGUUCAUGAGUAUUUUGUUUUUAUUGACACUAAUGUUUUCUCUGCAUAUUCUUCUAAGCUUUUCAGUUAAAUGGAUAUUAGUUCCGGUAAUAAUAUGUUAUAUGGCAAUACCCAUAAUGACAAAUAUUGUAUCUAGAGCUGAAGUAACUAAUAGAAGCGACUCAAAAAUUACAUCAUUUCUGGCUUAUUUGCCACUGUAUUUAUCAUCUGCAUAUAUUGGUUUAAAAUUAGACGAUUCAGUAAAUAAUACAUUUUCUUCAAACUAUAAUCCAAAUAAUGUUUUUAUUUAUGGUCUUAGGCUUGCUGGUGAUGAACGGGCACUUAGGCUUUGUAUUUCACUAUUAUUCUACAACAUUUACUAUUUAGCAGGAUUUCUUGAUCUCUUAUUUCAAGUUGAUGACGAAACAGAAAGAAAUAUCUAUCUUAAUAACUUUGCUCCGUUCAAGAUUUUGAUACUAGUAGCUUUAAAUGCUUUAUCUUUUCCGGGAAAUAAGUCUCUAGUUUCAUAUAUUUGGGCAUAUCCUUAUUAUACUGGAGGUUUAACAACAUGUAUUUUUGUUAUUGGAACUUGGGUAUGGCUUGAAUUAUUCAGGGUUAGUGUAACUCAACUUUUUAAGAAUGUUAAGAUUUCAGAGAAUCUUCAAAGGCACUUUUCGCAGAGUGGAAUAGUUAUUUAUAUUACUCAUUCAGUUUGGCUCGAACUUGUAACAAGAUACUUUUUAAUCUACUUUAUUAACACAGAAAGUCCUUACUCUUUGUAUGAUGGAAAAUCCAUCGGUGUGUUUGGCUUUGUUUUCCCAGGAUUUGGAAUGUUAAGUUCCUGGUUAAUUCUUAACAUAUCAGGUUUAGCUCUCAGCAUUCUUACUUACAUUUUCAUAAUCAAUUUUAAAAUAUGUAGGCUAUCUUUUGGGAUAAGUGAUUAG